AUGUCGUCGUCGUUGUCUUCAUCCACCGCUGCCACUGUCUCUUCUAAAGAAGUGUCACGCCAGAGAUUUGUCAAUGUUUUUGAAGGCAUUGUUGAAGAAUUGACAUCGAUUCUCAGAUCGUACAAAAUGCCUCAAGAAGCAAUUGACUGGUUCCAAAAGAAUUUGAACUACAACACCCCUGGAGGUAAGUUGAACCGUGGGUUAUCGGUGGUAGAUACGUAUGCGAUUUUAAACAACACUACAGCUGACAAAUUGAGCGAUGAGGAGUAUAAAAAAGUUGCUAUAUUAGGAUGGGCUAUUGAAUUAUUGCAAGCCUAUUUUCUUGUUGCUGACGAUAUGAUGGAUCAAUCCAAAACAAGAAGAGGCCAGCCAUGUUGGUACCUUGUUGAAGGUGUUGGUAACAUAGCCAUUAACGAUGCCUUUAUGUUAGAAGGAGCUAUUUACGAAAUAUUGAGAAGACAUUUCCGUCAAGAUUCCUAUUAUGUUGAUUUACUAGAUAUAUUCCAUCAAGUCACAUUCCAAACUGAAUUGGGACAAUUGCUAGAUUUGGUUACUGCCGACGAAGAGCAUGUUGAUUUGAGUAGAUUUUCCCUCGAUAAGCACUCGUUUAUCGUCAUAUUCAAAACUGCCUACUAUUCGUUUUACUUGCCUGUUGCCUUGGCGAUGUUUAUGAGUGGAAUUAGUGACACAAGAGAUUUAGAACAAGUCAAAAACAUCUUGAUACCAUUGGGCGAAUAUUUCCAAAUACAGGAUGAUUUCUUAGACUGUUUUGGUACACCAGAACAAAUUGGUAAAAUAGGAACAGAUAUCAAGGAUAACAAAUGUUCAUGGGUUGUUAACCAGGCAUUAUUACAUGCAUCUAGUGAACAAAGAGAAAUCUUGGAUAAGAAUUAUGGACAAAAAGAUGACGAAAAAGAGGCUAUAUGUAAGAAAUUAUUCAAAGAGAUGGGAAUUGAAAAGAUUUAUACCGAUUAUGAAGAAAAUAUUGUUAACAAAUUGAAACAAGAAAUUGAUAAAGUUGAUGAAUCUAGAGGAUUGAAAAAGGAAGUGUUGACUGCAUUCUUAAAUAAAGUGUACAAGAGAUCAAAAUAA